AUGACAUCUAUUGAGAACCGAUCUGAAGUGAGCGAGUUCAUCCUUACAGGAUUAACAGAUGUCCCAAAGCUUCAAAUUCCUCUCUUCAUCAUGUUUACUCUCAUCUACCUCAUCACCCUGGUAGGAAACCUAGGGAUAGUAGCUCUGAUCUCCUGGGAUUCUCGCCUCCACACCCCCAUGUAUUUUUUCCUCAGUAACCUCUCCCUGGUGGAUUUUGGCUAUUCCUCAGCUGUUACUCCUAAAGUCAUAGCUGGGUUCCUCACAGGCCACAAGGUCGUCUCCUAUAAUGGAUGUGCAGCACAAUUAUUCUUCUUUGGAGCCUUUGCUUCUACUGAAAGCUUUAUUUUAGCCUCCAUGGCCUAUGAUCGUCAUGAAGCUGUGUGUAAGCCCCUAAAAUAUACCACUACCAUGACUUCAACAAUAUGUGUUUUUCUGACCAGUGGUGCUCACAUUUGUGGCUUUCUGAAUUCCUCCAUAAUCAUAGGAAACAUCUUUAGUCUUUCCUUCUGUAGAUCUAAUGUGGUCCAUCACUUUUUCUGUGAUGUUCCCCCUCUCCUUGUUAUAACCUGCUCUGAUAUUCAGAAGAUUGAGAUGGUAAUAUUUAUUUCUGGAAUAUUCACAGCAUUUUUUCCUCUUAUUAUUAUAUUGUCUUCCUAUAUGUUCAUCUUCAUCACCAUCCUGAGGAUCCAAUCUACUGAAGGUCGUCAGAAAGCUUUUUCCACUUGUGCUUCCCAUCUCACAGCAGUGUCAAUAUUUUAUGGGACAAUCAUGUUCAUGUACUUCCAACCCAGCUCAAGCCAUUCAAUGGAUUCAGAUAAAGUGGCAUCUAUAUUCUAUACUAUGGUCAUCCCCACAUUGAAUCCUCUGAUCUAUAGUCUCAGGAACAAAGAUGUCAAGAGUGCUUUCAGGAAAGCUGUAAUCCAAGCAAAGUCUACCAUUAAUUUUUGGUAA